UAAAGGUACAGCAACCCCUUUAUUCAACCCUAACCUCGUCCUGUUCAUAGCACAAGCAAUCAAACAGUUAAACCACUCAAAUGUCGUUCAAACCUGCUCUCUUGGUCAUCGAUAUCCAACACGACUUCCUCCCAGGUGGCUCUUUAGCAGUCGUUAACGGUGACGAUAUCAUCCCUGGAGUGCUAGAGCUGUUGGAUUUCAACAAGUACAACUGGAAAUCCGUUGUGUUUAGCCAAGAUUGGCACCCACGGGAUCACACCUCUUUUGCUUCGAACCACGCAAACGUUAAACCAUUUGAAAAGGUGUCAUUCACAUCGACAAAGGACCCCAAGGUUACCUCUGAUGAGACGGUUUGGCCAGACCACUGUGUCCAGCAUUCACACGGGGCAAACUUCCCUGAUGAGUUGAUCGCUGCUUAUAAGCAAAUACCGGUGGAGAAGACCAUCAUCCAAAAGGGUCACCUCCAAGACCGUGAUUACUAUAGUGCGUUUAACGACAUCUGGGACGAUGAUCAUACAGAGCUGGGCCCCUUUUUGAAAUCGCAAGGAAUCACACAUGUCUUCGUCGUGGGACUUGCAUACGAUUACUGUGUAAAGUUUACCUCUGCGUCGAGCGCCAAGUUGGGAUUUAAGACUUAUGUGAUCAAACCUUUAGCAAAGGCUAUUGAGCUGGACAAACUUGAUCAGACAGACGCUUACUACAGAGAUCACGGUGUGACCAUCAUUGAGUCUUUAGACGACGAUAUUUUAAAGGCAGUGAAGAAGUGAAU